AUGGCUGAAGCAUGCCAUGACCAUCCCCCACCUGCAACAGAACUCUCCAACGCAGAGCGCUUCAAAGCUACACACCUCGCCGCGCGCCAUGGCAACUACCACCAAUAUUACUCCAAGUUCCGGGCACCCACCGUCCCGGACGAGCGCCUUUCCAUUCUCCCACCAGAUAUCCUACGCAACGCGCGAGUCAUAGACCUAGGCUGCAAUGCCGGAAAGUUGACACAUGAGGCGAUAGCACACUGCGGCGCAGCGUCUGCAGUUGGCGUCGAUAUUGACCCUUGGUUGGUCGACCAAGCGAAGGCAACGUACCCGGAUGGGCCAUGCACAUUUGAGCACUUUGACUUCGUGGAUGCAUCCGCGUACAUGGGUACUGCGCUGGGCAAGUUUGACGUUGUACUACUGCUCUCAGUGACCAAGUGGAUUCAUCUCAAUAACGGGGACUCCGGGAUGUUGACGCUAUUUGCGCACAUACACAGCAUCUUGAAUGAGGGGGGUUACCUUGUUGUGGAGCCGCAGCCCAUGAGCAAUUAUGCAAGAGCUUCGAAAAAGAAUAAAGAAUUGAGAGAGAUGUAUAAGACGAUUCAGAUGAGGCCGCCCUUUGACGAUGAGUUGAAAGCGCUGGGAUUUGAGAGGAUAGUGAAAUUUGAGAGGGACGAGGAGGGAUUUGCUAGACCUGUACAUGUUUGGAAAAAGAGUGUCAUAAAAUGA